GGAGAGAAGCCUUAUAUAUGUCAGACAUGUGGGAAGGCCUUUAAUCGGCCCUCAGAUCUUAAUAGACAUAUGAAUAUUCAUAGUGGAGAGAAACCUCAUAAAUGUCAGACCUGUGGGAAGGCCUUUAUUCACACCUCGUCUCUUUAUAGACAUAAGAAUACUCAUAGUGGAAAGAAGACUUAUAUAUGUCAGGAGUGUGGAAAGGCCUUUGCUAAAGCCUCAAGACUUAGUGAACAUAGGAGAAUUCACACUGGAGAGAAACCCUAUAUAUGUAAGGAAUGUGGAAAGGCCUUUCCUGCAGCCUCAAGACUUACUGUACAUAGGAGAAUUCACACUGGAGAGAAACCGUUUAUAUGUAAGGAAUGUGGGAAGGCCUUUACUACAUCCUCAGAACUUACUGUACAUAGGAGAAUUCACACUGGAGAGAAACCGUAUAUAUGUAAGGAAUGUGGGAAGGCCUUUGCUGCAGCCUCAAGACUUACUGUACAUAGGAGAAUUCACACUGGAGAGAAACCGUAUAUAUGUAAGGAAUGUGGGAAGGCCUUUGCUACAUCCUCAGAACUUACUGUACAUAGAAAAAUUCACACUGGAGAGAAACCAUAUAUAUGUAAUGAAUGUGGAAAGGCCUUUGCUGCAGCCUCAAGCCUUCGUGUCCAUAGGAGAAUUCACACUGGAGAGAAACCGUAUAUAUGUAAGGAAUGUGGGAAGGCCUUUGCUAUAGCCUCAAGACUUAGUGAACAUAGGAGAAUUCACACUGGAGAGAAACCCUAUAUAUGUAAGGAAUGUGGAAAGGCCUUUGCUAAAGCCUCAAGACUUACUGUACAUAGGAGAAUUCACACUGGAGAGAAACCGUAUAUAUGUAAGGAAUGUGGGAAGGCCUUUGCUGCAGCCUCAAGACUUACUGUACAUAGGAGAAUUCACACUGGAGAGAAACCCUAUAUCUGCAAAGAAUGUGGGAAGGCCUUUGCUGCAGCCUCAAGACUUACUGUACAUAGGAAAAUUACACUGGAGAGAAACCAUAUAUAUGUAAGGGAUGUGGAA